CGGCUGAUGAUGCGAAGGCGACCCGGAAGUGCGCUCACAUACUCACGACUGAUCGGGGGAAACUCGGCUUCGGACACGCUGAUCUUACACGCUUCUAAUCAUGGCUGAAGCAGACAUCGCUCUUAUUGGCUUGGCAGUGAUGGGGCAGAAUCUGAUCUUAAACAUGAAUGACCAUGGCUUUGUGGUCUGUGCCUAUAACAGGACGGUGUCCAAGGUUCACAACUUCCUGCAGAAUGAGGCCAAAGGCACCAAGGUGGUGGGUGCGGAGUCCCUGGAGGACAUGGUGUCGAAGCUGAAGAAGCCACGGAGGAUUGUGCUCCUGGUGAAGGCCGGUCAGGCCGUGGAUGACUUCAUCGACAAGCUGGUUCCCCUGCUUUCCCCCGGGGACAUCAUCAUUGAUGGGGGCAACUCUGAGUACAGAGACACAACUAGGCGCUGUAAGAGCCUGAAGGAAAAGAACCUGCUGUUUGUGGGCAGUGGGGUGAGCGGGGGUGAGGACGGUGCCCGCUACGGACCCUCCCUCAUGCCGGGGGGGCACAAGGAGGCCUGGCCUCACAUUAAAGACAUCUUCCAGAGCAUCGCUGCGAAGGUUGGAACAGGAGAGCCUUGUUGUGAUUGGGUGGGGGACGAGGGUGCAGGCCACUUCGUGAAGAUGGUCCACAAUGGGAUCGAGUAUGGCGACAUGCAGCUUAUCUGUGAGGCGUACCACCUAAUGAAGGACGUGCUGAGCAUGGACCACGAUGAGAUGGCCCAGGUCUUCAGCGAUUGGAACAAGACAGAGCUGGACUCCUUCCUGAUUGAAAUUACGGCCGACAUCCUGAAGUACCGGGACUCUGACGGGGCUCACCUGCUCCCCAAGAUCAGAGACAGCGCUGGACAGAAGGGCACAGGAAAGUGGACGGCCAUUGCCUCUCUGGAAUACGGAACACCGGUCACCCUGAUAGGUGAGGCCGUCUUCGCCAGGUGCCUGUCCUCUCUGAAGGAUGAACGUGUGGAGGCCAGCAGGACGCUGCAGGGACCCAAGGGUGCUAAAUUCCAGGGGGACAAGGCUGCCUUUUUGGAGGACAUAAGACAAGCUCUCUAUGCCUCCAAGAUCAUCUCCUACGCUCAGGGCUUCAUGCUACUCCGACAAGCAGCCAAGGAGUUUGGAUGGACUCUCAGCUAUGGAGCCAUCGCCCUCAUGUGGCGAGGAGGCUGCAUCAUCCGAAGUGUGUUCCUGGGGAAGAUUAAGGAGGCCUUUGACAGGGACGGUGAGCUCCAAAGUCUGCUGCUCGACACGUUCUUCAGCAGUGCCGUUCAGGACUGCCAGGACUCCUGGCGGCGGGUGGUGAGCACUGGGGUCCAACUGGGGAUCCCCAUGCCCUGCUUCAGCACUGCGCUCUCCUUCUAUGACGGGUACAGACAUGCCGUCCUCCCUGCCAACCUGCUACAGGCUCAGAGAGACUAUUUUGGUGCACACACCUACGAGCUGCUGCCCAGCCCCGGCAAUUUCAUCCACACCAACUGGACGGGUCACGGGGGCAAUGUCGCCUCCUCCUCUUACAACGCUUAGAGUGCCCCCUCCCACAGCAUAUCUCACAUUCCAAAAGCAGAAGUCAGGGAAGAAGCCUUUUCUGGGUAGAAAGUGCUAGAAAAGUGUCAGUCAGUCAGCUCUCUCAAGUGUUACCUAUUUAUGCCGAUGUGAACUAGCAGUAAAUAAAGAAUUAAUCUAUUGAA